UUCCAGCAUGACGAUAUAGAGAGACAACGUGAACAAAAUGCUUAUACCUCAAAUUAACAAUUAUUUCUAAUCUGGAGUUGAUUUUGUAGUUAUAGUCAUGCUGUGAGGAUGUGCAUAGGUGUUUGUUAGUGAAAAAGUAUCAAUUAUUAAUAAUAAACCAUGGCUGCCAGGUACCUCGCACAGAUCAUAGUCCUAGGUGGACAGGUAGUGGGUAGAGCCUUCACAAGGGCCCUCCGUCAAGAAUUCCAAGCGAGUCAACAAGCAGCGAAGCGCGCUGGAGGAGGCAAGGAGGGCGCAAAGUCUGCAGCCAAGGACAACCUCUCCGGGAUCACCUUACAAGAAUCUAUGCAGAUACUCAACAUCUCCAAGUUAGACGCUCCGACUGUUGAGAAAAACUUUGAGCAUUUAUUCAAAGUGAACGACAAGAGUAAAGGGGGCUCGUUCUACCUGCAAUCAAAGGUGAUUCGAGCAAAGGAGAGACUCGACCAAGAAUUAGCACCAAAGAAGAACAUUGACAGUGGUGCAGCGCAACAAGACACAAAAGAAGCACCGCCACCGCCCACGUGACACGCCGCAUCACUCCAGACAUUUUUUAUCUGUACAAAUAAACUGUUAAUCGCAAAUGGUCUUGACUUCACUGGUAGAUUUGUGGCUGGAAUGGAGACUAAUUGAGUAGAAUGGAUUUCUUGGCUCUAUAGUGGGUAUUUGGAAGUCUGGAUUGGAGCAACCGGAGUUGUACCAGCACAAAGCUUCAAGAGCUAAUUAUUAGUGAAUGAUUUAGUCUUGAAAGUUAACACCUACCCUCCUUUGUUAAAGGCAGUGGACACUAUUGGUAAUUACUCAAAAUAAUUAUUAGCAUAAAACCUUUCUUGGUGACAAG